UUUUUCUUGCCGCCAUCUUGUUAAGGGCGCGCUACGGGCCGGCGGGGAGGCGAGCAGUCCCGGGUGGUAGUGCGGGCCCGGCCGGCCGGCAACUCCGCGGACCGAACUGUGUACACUGUCGACUGUUAUCCGGCUGCGAUCGUCUACAGAAGGCAUCACUGGUCUCCGGUGGGCAUUGGCUAUUCGUUAGUUGAAGGCACCAAUUCACCGGGAGUCUGACUGGCGGCUGCUAGGUCACGUGAUCAGCAGUCAUGGCGGACCGAACCACCGGGACUCCACACCUGGGGCCAGUAUCAGAUAGCGCUGUGGAUAUGGACCCGGUGGAGUACACGCUCCGUAAGCGCCUUCCCCACAAGUUGCCCAGGCGCAAGAACGACGUCUACAUCAACAUGAAGACGGACUUCAAGGCGCAGUUGGCGCGCUGCCAGAAGAUGCUGGAGAGUGGCGGCUUCAGCGAGAUCUGCAUCCACGGCCUGGGGCUGGCCAUCAACCGUGCCAUCAACAUCGCCCUGCAGCUGCAGGCAGCCAGCUUUGGCGCGCUGCAGAUUGCGGCCAACACCUCCACCGUUGAGCUAGUCGAUGACUUGGAGCCUGAGCUGGACGAGGGUGAAGCAGUGACUCGCACCAGGAACAACUCUGCCAUCCACAUUCGGGUCUUCCUGGUGCUCCCCAAGGGUGAGAAAGCUGAAGCAAUUAACCCCUGAAACUGAGGGACACGGAAAAUUGUUCUUUUCACUCACCCACACCACACCCCAAUCUGAACCUCCCUAUGAAUUCAUUCAGGACCAGCUCAGUGUGCACUAGAUGUGACCAGACUGACUUAUUUUUUUUGUGUGGUGUUUUGCUUCAAAUUAUUUUCUGUAAGUACAAUGUGUUUUAUUUUAAACCAUGACUGAAAUGGGUAGAAGUGAUUUGCAUUUUAAAUCAUUUAAGACAUUGAAAUAGGAGAAGGUACUUAACCCAUUAAGCCCAUGCAUAUAUUGUCUUUGUUGCUUCUCUGUGGCCUCUUUCCACUUGGCUGGGUACUUUUCCUUCAAAUUACAGUCGGUGGCCACUUUACUAGGUACAGGAGUGCAAACCGAUGUAGCCUUCUGCUGCUGUAGCCCAUCCUCUUCAAGGCUUGACAUGUUGUGCAUUCAGAGAUGUUCUUCUGCACACCACUGUUGUAACAUGCGGUUAUUUGAGUUACUGUUGCCUUCCUGUCAGCUUGAACUAGUCUGGCCAUUCUCCUCUGACCUCUCAUUAACAAGGUGAUUUCACCCACAGAAUUGCUUACUAGAGAUUUUUUUUACCCCGAUCUCUGUAAACGCUAGAGUGACUUUUUUUUAAUGCCUGGACCCCUGUCAGUAACUAAGGGGGUCAGGUUGCGAACUACUGCUCCUUGAGUGAGAAAAUCCCAGGAAGUCAGUUUUUGAGAUACUUAAUCCACCCUGCCUGGCAUCAACAAUCAAAGUCACUUGGAUCACAUUUCUUUCACCAUUCUGAUGUUUGAUCUGAACCUCUUGACCCUGUCUGCAUGCUUUUAUGCAUUGUGUUGCUGCCUAGUGAUUGGCUAAUUAGAUAUUUGCAUUAAUGAGCAGGUGUAUCUAAUAGUGGCCACUAAGUGUAUAUUGUCCUCAUUGCUUCUAACACCUCUUUCCACUUGCCCAGAUCCUUUUCCUUCAGAUUAUUUUCUGUUUUGAAAGUACAAUGUACUGUUGUUUACCAUGAGUGAGAUGGGUAACGGUAAUAUUUUGAUUUAUUUGGGACAAUGCAACUAGUAAACUUGACCGAUAAACUCCUUAA